UAGGUUUGAUUAGGUAAUGAUUAUCUUUACGUUCUAGGUAAUUAGGAUUACGCAACUACUCAUUACGUCAUCACAAUGAUGUCAUCAACGGAAAGCGAUGGAUUAAUAUUUGUAGAAGAAACAAAAGAGCAAGAUAGACUUCUGAAUAAUAAAACAAACACAAUUGUCCGCAAUUCUUCUUCGAGAUGGUUUAUGUUAUUCAUGGGCUCAGCUAUUGGACUUAUAAAUGGAAUUCAGAAUCUACAAUUCGCUGGAUUUGAGUCGACCGCCGUGGCAUUCUUUGAAGUUUCAUACGUUCUAGGAGAUCUUCUAACACAAGCAUAUUAUAUAUCGUUCAUUGCUUUUGGUUUUCCUGUAAUUUGGUUGAUAAUGAGAUAUGGCUUGAGAUUCACUGUACAAUGUGCCGCGACAUUAAUAUUCAUUGGAACAGCAAUGACUGCAAUUUCAACGUCAAACAGAAACUUCUUCUUCGUUGCUUUGACCUCAGAAUUCAUCGCCGGCUGUGCUCAGGUUUUCGUAUUAUGUCUCCCAUCUCUGUUAGCUGGAAAAUGGUUUCCAACAAAUGAAAUUUCAACGGCAUCUGGGACUUUGGUGUUCUUCUAUCAGUUGGGAAAUGGACUCUCUCUUCUAACCGCGCCUCUAGUGGUCACUAAAGAAUUUCUUGGUGCAACACUAGGGAUGAGAGCUAUUGUGACGUUUAUCUCAAUUUCAAUCUUCUCCUUUGUAAUGUUUAUCAUGAUCCGGCUCUACUUUGCAGAAAAGCCUGAAUUCCCUCCAUCAGAAGCACAAGCAACGUUUUCAACGCCAAAUACCUCAUUCGCAAAAUCUUUAAAAAAUCUCUUCACUGACGGCGAUUUUGUUUUACUCAUGUUUUCUUAUGGUAUCGAUUUCGGAAUCUUCAGCAGCGUUCAAUCACUUUUCAAGUCGGUCAUUGAAGAUAAUUUUACAGGUAUCUCUGAUGCAACGACGGGGCAGAUCGUUUCAUUUAUGAUAUUAGUUGGUACACCCGCGCCUCUUGUGUUUGGAAUUAUUCUGGAUAAAACAAAAAGAUUCAAGUGGACACUAUUAUGUAUACAUGGAAUCUGUAUCACUUCCGCAAUAUUUCUUGUAUUUGCUAUGACGUCACAAACAAUAUGGAUGGUUUGGGUUGGCAUAGGGAUAUUUGGGUUCGGGUUCACAGGUAAAAUGUCGGUUGGACUUGAAACAGCAGCAGAGAUGACGUACCCGGAACCGGAAGGAACAUCAUCCGGUAUACUAGUUUGGGCGAUGUCGCUCUUCACAACUAUUUUUAUCCAAGUGAUGCGAUAUCUCUUGACACUUUCCAACGUCUAUGUCAAUGUAUUCAUCGCAAGUUGCUCCGUUGUUGCGUUUAUAUUUACAUGUUUUAUGCAACCAGAUUUACGAAGAACGAGGGCAAAUUAUGAGAUCAUAGAAGAUUCUGAUCAUAAAUAAUGCGAUUUUUCUGUCAAUUCAUGCGUAACAAUUAUGUCACUGUUGAAAUAAUCACAUUGUUCACUAUGAUCAUUUAUGACAUCACAGAGGCGCCGGGUACAAAUUGUCCACUGGUGAUGUACUCGUAACAAUGAGAUUACUCAUCCGUAACCGAUCUCUCUUUAUUUUAAAACAAUACACCCACGGAGCGUCUCUUCGUCUUUCUUUUUCUAGUAAUUUAUUUGUGACGGCAACUCUUCUUGAUGACCUCAAAGGCUCUGACGUAAGGACGAAAUCGGCUGUGACUUGCCAUGAAUCAGCGGUCGCUGGAGGCGCUGUAUUAUCUGGUGAUAAUUCCAGUUGGUUAUCCGGAGAAAUCUGAAAAUAAAUAUUUGUUCAAGUCAAAAUUUUGAUAAAGAGCCUUUUAGUCGGUAAUAAGUAACUGUUUUACUGGUCGUUUUGGUAUCAUCGUAACAACUGUACGUCACUCGGUAUUCACUAACGCGCAAUUUUGCACUAUAAUGAUUUUAUACCAUUGGUUCCCAAACCGCGGGCCGGCAAGCACAUACUACUUCAUGGGUUACAAAAUAUGGACAUACAUCAACGUGUUAUAUAAGGUAAUAAAAUGUAUUUUAAUUGGCGCAUCGUGCUAAGCUUUAGGAAAAGUGCUAAGCUUUAGGAGGGUGUCUAGUCAAACCGGGAAGAACGCAGUUGAUGGCUGCUAGUUCAAACUAUAACGCCAACCCGACAGCGAAAGCCCUUCCCGACUUCCAGCCCUGAGUUUCGUUAUAUUUCUCAAUAUUUUUUUUGCCGUAUUUUGUGUAAGCGUGGUAUUUUUUGCUUAUUUAUGGACCUUUCCCCGAUCAUCGACUUCCUUGUUUACUUUGUGACAUUGGCCAAUCAGCAAGAUGUAAAAAGUGACGUAACAAUGCCCCCUUUCCGCAUCCGCUCAGACACU